CGCCAUUCUUAAAGGGGCCCGAGGGGAGGCGAGAGCCCGCGGCGGCCGGAAGGAAAAUGAGUGAAUCUUUGGUGGUUUGUGAUGUUGCUGAAGAUUUAGUGGAAAAGCUAAGAAAGUUUCGUUUUCGCAAAGAAACGAACAAUGCUGCCAUUAUAAUGAAGAUUGACAAGGAUAAACGCCUGGUGGUACUGGAUGAGGAGCUUGAGGGCAUUUCACCUGAUGAACGUAAAGAUGAACUACCUGAACGACAACCUCGCUUCAUUGUAUAUAGUUAUAAAUAUCAACAUGAUGACGGCAGAGUUUCAUAUCCUCUAUGCUUUAUUUUCUCCAGUCCUGUUGGAUGUAAGCGUGAACAGCAGAUGAUGUAUGCUGGGAGUAAGAAUAAGCUAAUCCAAACAGCUGAACUCACCAAGGUAUUUGAAAUAAGAAAUACUGAAGACCUGACUGAAGAAUGGUUACGGGAAAAACUUGGAUUUUUCCACUAAUGUGAACUUCUGUGUUUCUAAAGUAUUUAUGUAUUAACCUGAUCAUACAUACUGGAACCAGACAUAAAUACUUAUUUAUGCCUGAAAAUGCACUGUUAUUUACAGUUUGUUUCCUACAGUAAAGAAAAAUCUUCAUUUGUGCAGAGUUUGAACAUGACGAAAUUAUCUUCAUAGUCAUGGAACUUUGUAAAACAUUUCCUUCUAUUUGUAAGCGUUAGGUGGAUCCUCCUCCCCAGGGACUUUUGCACUCUUGUGACUAAUUUCUAUAACUUAGGGUUCUGAAUUUGUUACUAUUUACAGACACCAUUGGAAAGUGGCUAUUAGAUUGUGAUGAGACAACAGUUGCCUCCUUGACAAAUACUGGAUAUUAGCAGUUUAUAUAUGAAAAUAAUAUAUUACCACUUGCUGAACCUUUGGACUUAAUUUAGGGUUAAUGACUUGAGUAAUCUAAUUUUGAGCCAUGGAUGUCCUAUGAUUUAAUCUACAAUACAACAUUUUAAAAAAAUGAUUCCACACCUUUUUAAAAUCAAGUCUAGAAACUAUGUUCAUCAAUCAAUCUUAAAGUCUUAGAUUUUAUGAUAAAGUUAUGAUAAUGACUCCUAGGUUUUCUUAUGGAAAGUAGUGUCUUAGUCUUUUUAAUUGGUGGGUUAUACCUAAUCAAGGGCUUCAUUUCUGAUGAUGUACUUUUUAGAUAAUUUUGAACCUAGGUUAGUAUUUGAUUUACAAAGCAUCUCCUAAUGUUGUCCUGUGAACACUAGUUAUUUUUCAAUGGGUUCAUCUCGUGCCUGUGAUUUGGUAGCUUUACAGUUAGUUUAAGACUUUUACACUGCCAAUAUUCCAGAUUUGGUGAAAUUACUUUUGUAAAGGGUCCAAGUAAAAUAAUUUUCUAAUGUGUGAACCUGAAAUUUAUAAUAAAAUCAACUUCAUAUUUUUAAAAUCCAAA